CAAAAAGCAAACUGGGACGGCGGAACGCUACGAGCUCGUAACCGUGCGGCCGACCGGGCUGCCUCCGCGCGGCCGCUCGGCUCUCCACGACGACGCCCGGGCUGCCGCACGCCAGGGAUGGCCUCCUUCGGCGCGAGCAAGCCGAGCCCGUACAAGACGACUGGAGCGGCGCGCGCCCUGCGCGAGCGCUUCGACGAAUAUAGUGUGUUCGGCGGCACGAACGCCGGCGUCGGUUUGUCGGCCAAGAACUUCGCGAAGCUCUGCGCGGACAGCGGGUUGGUGGAUCGCAAGCUGACGAAGACGCAGCUCGACCUGAUCUUCAUGCGGUCCGUCGACCGCGGCGCCAAGAAGCUUCGGUGGAUGCAGUUCCUGCAGGCCCUGGAGUUGUGUGCUGCGACGCGGCGGAUCGGCGUCGAGAAGGUCCAGGAGUUAAUCAUGGCGUGUGCGGGCCCGUCGCUGAACCGACCGUCGCUAUCCGAACCCGUGCGGCUCCACGACGACAAGGCGUUGUAUACGGGCGUGCAUGUCGUGGGCGGACCGUCGACGGUGGACAACAAGGUGACUUUAGACAGAUUGGUCCGGUCGCCGCACGCGGACGUGAGAGGAGUGGAUCAUUCCAAACAUUAUAGUGAUGCGGAGGCCGGCGUGUCGUCGGGCCACCACGUGGGGCUGAGCCCCAGUCGCUCGAUGCCGACGCCGCCGCGGCCCGCGCGGACGCCGCCUGUUAAAUUAACGCCACGGUCUCCAGUAAUACCGCCGCCGGUCGAGAAUGCCGUGCCGCCGCCGCCGCCCGACUAUUUUGACGCGUUAACUAGGUGCGGCGUCCCGCGUCGUCAUCAAUACUCUGCGCGUACGACGACAUAGGAUGGUGUGGGGGAUUAAACUCGCCAACGCGCCGUCGACGCGACGACACGCAGGUACUUCCUGCGCCACAACCCAAGCAAGGCUGCGAACGUCGGAGGCUUGCUAGCAAGGUACGCGGGCGACGAAGCGUCAUUGUUCGCGAAGAUCGAGGCGAAGUACGGUGCCCCGGUCAUCGCCGACGAUAACUCCAUGAGGACGCCGGCAAAGAACGUCUUCGACAAGCUCACGGACUCCAGGCAGUAUACGGGGUCGCACCGGACGAUCCAUCGCGACGGCCCGGAGCCGCCGUCGUCCGGCGUCCGAUGGUUCUCCCCCGAUUAG